UCACUUCCUCAACCAAUGCCCAUCCCUUAGGAAAAAAAAUCACACAGGCGAACGACGGCAAGAAAAAUAGACUGGGAAAAGUGGUGAGGGAAGCAGCAGCAGAGCGCCAGAUGUAACUUUUGGAUUCCGCGAAGGGAGCAAGUCUGAUACCAAAGUAUACUGAAGGUGUGUCUCUCCCUCCCUCUCUCUACAGCCAUGCCACUCCACAAGUCCUCCCGGGCUCCUCGCCUGGAACGUACCAUGAUCUCGGCUCCGCUUGAUGACUUCCGUCAUACCAUGCACAUCGGGAGAGGAGGCGAUGCCUUUGGCGACACCUCCUUCCUGUCUACACACGGACCCGGUAACAACAACACCACCACCACCAGCAGCAGCAGCUCCGACCUCGGUGCUCCAGGGAACAUGACGGCUGUGGACUCCAAGAUACCAAAUAUCAACCAGGGCGAGAUUUCAACCGAUGGCAUGGAAGCCUCAGAGUACAACGAUCUCUCCAGGGAUCACUCAGAGUCGGUGUCUUCAUUCACCUUGGACCUGGACUUGGGUCCCUCGAUCAUGGGGGACGUCCUGGGGGUGAUGGACGGGCUGGGUCUGGACUCCAAUGAGGAGGAUGUGUUCAGUCCCAGCAACAAUACGUCAUUAUCAGAGAUGAAGUCGGGACGAGGGGCGUGCGAGGACCUGUCGGUGUGCGCGCUGAACGAGGUCAACGGAGAGGAGCUUGUUGGAUCGGAGGAGAAGCAGACGAGAGAUACCGGAGAUGGCUCUCAAGCAGAUGGGAAUUGGAGUAAAACGAAGGGGCUGCGACCAAAGGUGAGGUUUAGCGACAAGAGAGAGGAGAUCAUUCGCCAGGCAUCUGAGGAGGAAGAGGGUCAAGGGUUUACCUUUCAAGAAGAAGAAGAUGAGCUGGGCCCUGAGACCCCAACCAAAGGGGAGAAGGGAGCAAACGUUGGGGGUGCAGGAGAGACAGAGUGGACCACACGCAGGGCAGACGUGCCACCCAGCCCUGCCUCUUCACACAGCUCAGACAACAAUGAAUCAAGCCCCUUACAUUGCAGAAGGGUUGAAACCAGCAAUUUUGGGACUGACUCUGAUGAGGAGGAGGAGGAAGUGGGGGAUUGCGGAAGGGGCUAUACGUUUGAAGAUGAGUUUGAUGAUGAAAUUGGUCUAUAGGAGACAACUGGGGGAUUAUAUAUUGUUUCAAUUCAAGAUGAAACAUAAGAGUCAUAUGUCAUUAUUCCGGUGUCCCAAAAAGGGGAUACAAACACAAACUGACUGUUUAUUUUAUGAUGAGAUAGGACAAGACUGAAUUCAGGUUGGACAGUUGAAUCACAUAAGUUUAACAACUGGAAAACUGACUCAUGUUAUAUAUGCAUUUAAAGACGUUCAAACUGUUACAAUCUGCCCAAAGAUAUACUAUUGCUUUGGUUGUUACCAAUAAAAGGCUUAUAGCACUUUGAUAAUGUUGAAACCUGAAUGCUUUAUGGUAGAAAGUGGAAAUUUGCCGACUGUGAUGUAUUCUGUGUCAUUGAAAGAAGGCUAUUUUGAAAAUGGUAGUGUAAUGCGAUGUCCAAAGUUGUUUUAGUUUUUGUACAAAAGUGCCUUAAUAGGAUACAUUAUUCUGUAUUCAUGUCUUAUAACAAUAUUGUUUUUUCCAUCCUGCAUGUUUUUUUACAAUCAGUUAUAUACCAUGACGUUGCAUAAUCUAUAAUCAAAAUGUUCUGAAACCAAAAUUGUUAAGGAAAUACUCCUCCAUUUAUCAAUAAUAACUGAAGUACAUACCACGUUAAUAUCUGCUUACCAAACGUAGCUUAUUUUAAUAGUCGGAAUCGGCAGUUUAAAUGAUUGUAUAAUACCAUAGGCCAACAUAUCAAAUGGUUAAUAUUUCUUUCCUGACCUUUGGAAUUUGCAGUGGGACGAUCUAACGGCUUUGACCUGUCUGUUUGUAGCUUGUCGUUCCAGAAUGUGAUGGGCCUUCCUACUUUUACAUGCCAAUGUAAUCCAUCUAUUAAAGUGUUUACAAAUGCUGUUAAUGGGAGACCUUAAUAAAAACCUCAUUUGUUUUUUA